AUGGAAUCAAAAACCAAGGCUUCAUAUAGAAAAGUUAUGGAAAGAUUCAAAAUUCAAUUUCCUGAAAUUAAGCCUUUGAUAAUUAUGAUCAAUUUUGAAUCAGCCCUCCGCAACGUUUUCCUUGAUGUUUAUCCUGAAGCUCAGAAUUCUUCAUAUUGGCUCCAUUUUGUACAGAGUUUACUGAAAAACAUAAAAAAAAUUUGUUAUUCAGGAUACAUCAAGCAAAACCGAGAGGAAAAAAUGUGUUUAAGAACGUGUUUGGAGUUGGCUCAAUUACCGGCUUAUUAA